AUGGCGCUGCCCCAGCCCGCGCCGCGGGAGCCCGAGGAGCGGGCACCGGACACCCGCCAGCGCCUGCAGGUCCGGGCGGCGGGGGCUGCGAGGGGAGAGCCCGGCGGUGUGAGGAGAGGGGCCGGGAGCCACCGGGGCUGCGAGGGAAAGGGACCCGAGGGGACCGGGAACCGCAGGAGGGGCCGGGGUGAGUCCCCCCCGGCGGGCCCGGCCGAGCCCCCGCCGAGCGCGGCCCCGGUGCUGCAGCUGCGGGUGCUGCUGACGCCGCUGCCCCCCGCGUGUCUGCCGAGCGCCCCGGCCGCCAAGAGGCUGCGCCUGGAGCCCGCGGGACCCCCGGCCCCGCCCGGGGCCCCGCCCGGGCCCAGCCCGGCGGCCCGCGGCCACGACGGGCUGUGGGAUGCGGACAGCGACGGCAGCGACGGCGGAGACGCGGCCCCGGAUGGACACUCUCACCUAUCAGCUUAUGAAAGGAAAAGACUAAAGAACAUUACAGAAAAUGCUAAAUUCUUUGCUGCUCUAAAGCUGCACGAGUCAGCUGCAAGACUUAACCAAAUUGCAACCAAAAGACAACCACAUGGCACCAAAAGACCCAAGCCUAAAAAGGUGGAGGAUGACACAGCCCGGCGACGGUCCAUGCGCCUGCUGAGGGUGGAGCCGUCGGCAGUUCCUGCAUCAGAGACACCUGCCCAGCCAGGAGCAGAGGAAUAUCCUCAGGUUCCAGAGGGACCUGUGCCCAUGAUUCCAGAGGAGCAGGCAGAGGACAGUAAACGGACAGAGGCUUUACUGAACACAUGGCUGAGGAUAAGUGAGCUGAAAGCGGGUGAUGCCGACAGACGCACACCUGACAUAGAGAGGUACCAGGAGAGCCUGAGCAGCAUGGUGCUGAGCGAGGAGAACGUCAAGAAGGUGGUGAAAUCCCGAGUGUGUUCCAUGGCCAUCCACCCUUCCGAAAGCACCAUCCUCGUGGCAGCUGGAGACAAGUGGGGGCACCUUGGCCUCUGGAAUGUGAGCUGCGGGUCUGAGGAAGGAGCCCACAUCUUCACCCCCCACAAUCUCCAGAUCAGCUGCAUGCACUUCUCUCCCUGCAACCCUGCUCACUUGCUGUCCCUCAGCACCGACAGUCUGCGCUGUGGCGAUGUCACCAGGGCUGUCUUUGACGAGAUCUGCAGGAGUGAGGAAAAAUUCUCUUCCUUCGACUUCCUGGAAGACAGUGCCUCCACUGCCAUAGUGGGACACUGGGAUGGGGCCGUGGCCGUGGUGGACAGACGGACUCCGGGGACGUCGGCGGAGCUCUCUGCAGACAUUGGCUUCAAGAAGACACGGACAGUCCACGUGCACCCCGUGAACAAACAGUAUUUCCUGGCUGCUGGCUUAGUGGACGUCUGUGUUUUCGACGUGCGGUACCUGAAGCCCAAGGGGAACCAGCCCGUGAGCUCCCUCACAGGGCACACCAAAAGUGUGGCCUCGGCCUAUUUCUCACCUGUCACUGGGAGCAGGGUGGUGACGGUGUGUGCUGAUGACAAGCUGAGGGUCUAUGACACCACGUCCUUGUCAUCGACCAUCACAGCCCUGAGCUCCAUCAGACACAACUGUAACACGGGGCGCUGGCUGACCCGCUUCAGGGCCAUCUGGGACCCCAAGCAGGAGCACUGCUUCCUGGUGGGCACCAUGGCACAGCCCAGGCGGAUCAGUGUCUUCCAGGACACCGGGAAGUUGCUGCACUCCUUCUGCAACACAGACUGGCUCACCUCCGUGUGCUCCAUCAACGUCGUGCACCCCAGUCAGAACGUCCUGGUGGGGGGGAACUCCAGCGGCCGCCUCCACGUAUUCAAAGAAUAGAAGUGGUGCCUCAGACGCACAGUUUUUCCCUUUUUGCAUAAACUUGGUCUAUUCAAGCAGUUCCAAAGCUGACUGUUAUUUCUCAGGACAGAAUUGUGUUUUAAAAGCCUUAAAUAAAUAAAUAAAUAAAUCCUUUAAACUACC